AAAAAAACUCAGCAGGCAGGCAAAGGAACGCAAAGGAAGGAAGAAAAGAAAAAAUAAAUUAUUCUUCUCUUCCUGAGUGAGCACAGAAAGAGGGUAUUAAUCCUUGGACUAAGACGAGAUAGUCGAAGCGCAACGCCUUAUCAUGGAGGAAGAUGAUGACAUGUUAGUAGUUGUGAUCGGCGAUGAAGAUGAUGAUGAUAUCGAGUGGAAUUCUGGUAAAGUGUGUGCUCCCAUUCAAGUCAAAGAGGAGCCAUUCGACGCAGAUGACGUGAUGCAAGUGAUAGAAGCAGCUCAACGGUAUGGCCGGCCUAUAAAUUUACGAACAGACGUCUUCAUAGACGAAUCAGACGGCGAUGUAACUUUCGAGCAAGCAAUACACAACAUCAAAAUAGAGCGUUACGACACAGAUGAUGAAGUUGAUCAUAAUGCUAAAGACUUUGAUAGUAUUGCUGAAGAUUUUGAUCAUAAUGCUGAAGACUUUGAUCAUAGUGCUGAAGAAUUUGAUCAUAAUGCUGAAGACGUUGAUCAUAAUAUUGAAGACUUUGACAACUAUCUGAAUAACUAUGGCUACGAGGCUCUCGAUGAAAAUAAUUGUGAUGAUCCAGACUACCAAGUAGAAAGUGAUAAUGAUAACUACAAUUCAGAUUUUAAUUCUGAUUUAGAAAGUGUGGGAGGACAGUCGAAGAAAAAAAAACGGGUUAAAAUGUUGAGUCCAUCUCGACAGAGGUCCUUUGUGGAAGACUUGAGACAGCAAUAUCCAGAGUUAGAAAGGAAUCAAAAAGCUCUCAUCAAAUCUCUGGUGGAAGUUAUGAGGAGUAACAAAGCACCCAAGCCACCGAAGGGUUUUUACAUCCUUUCUGAUUUUAUGUAUGAGUGUUUCAAAUGUGGUAAGAUGACUAACUGCAUUCCUGCCGCAGAACGGCACUACCAAGAAAAACAUGGCCCUAGAUAUCUUGUUUGUUAUGCUUGUGGUGUGGACUUUAGAAGCAAAACAAACCUCUACAAACACGAGAAGAUAUGCCAGGCGCGCGACGCCAUGAUAGUUCUGAAGGCGCGAGCUUUGUUCCUGGGCCGCAAAGGCCGCAGCCGGCCGUUUAUACCCGACCUCAGAACCGUACCUGUUUACAAGAACAAAGGCUUCAAGCGUUUUCCCUGCACGAGGUGCUCAGCGACGUUUACCAGCAAGAACAAUUUGGUCGCCCAUGAAAACAUGCAUCGCGGCGUGCGGCCCUACUGCUGCGACCAAUGUCCCAGCGCCUACACCUCGGCCGCCGCGCUUACAGUGAGUUUGAUUGAAAUUUAGUGUACAAGACAUAAG